AUGUGGGCAAAGUCCCAUCUUGAAAUGGGAUCAUCAGAACAAAGAGCAGUACUUCAACUUGAGGAUGAGAACCUUGUCAGAUUAGAGCAUUUUGAUAGAAAGGCAUCUUCUUUGGGCACCGCUCCUCAAAGAUCUUCUUAUGAUCUCGAGGCAGAUGAUGACAGUCAUAAAAGUAUAUUGUAUAGCAUACGAAGGAACAUUAAGAUUUUUUUUUUCUCCAACAAGUUAAACAUACUUGUACCUUGUGGCCCUUUAGCAAUACUUGUCGAUGAGUUAACUGAUCAACAUGGAUGGACAUUCAUACUUAGCUUGUUAGGCAUCAUUCCCCUUGCAGAGCGUUUAGGUUGGGCCACAGAGCAGCUGGCUUUUUUUACUGGACCUACAGUCGGAGGACUUCUAAAUGCCACUUUUGGAAACGCGACAGAGUUGAUAAUAUCAAUGUAUGCUCUGAAAAGCGGAAUGAUUCGUGUAGUGCAGCAGUCACUAUUGGGCUCAAUUCUGUCCAAUACUUUACUAGUGCUUGGAUGUGCAUUUUUUGGCGGUGGAGUUGUUCAUUCUAAUAAGGAGCAACUUUUCGACAAGGGAACUGCAGGGAUGAAUUCAGGGUUGCUUUUAAUGGCAGUUAUGUGCUUGUUGUUCCCCGCUGUCCUCCACGUUACACACACUGAAGUGCAUUUUGGGAAGUCAGAGUUGGCACUUUCCAGAUUUAGCAGCUGCAUUAUGCUUAUAGCAUAUGGUGCAUAUCUAUUUUUUCAGCUGACCAACCAAAAGAAUCUUUACAUGCCGAUGGCCGAGGAAGAGGAUCAUAUUGAUGGAAGUGCAGAUGAUGAAGAAACUCCGGAGAUAUCGAAAUGGUGGUCAAUCCUAUGGCUUUCUGUUAUGACACUAUGGAUAGCAGUCCUAUCAGAGUACCUAGUUAAUACCAUAGAAGGGGCAUCUGUUGAGAUGAAUAUUCCUGUAGCAUUUAUAAGUGUGAUAGUGCUUCCCAUUGUUGGAAACGCUGCGGAGCAUGCUGGAGCUGUCAUGUUUGCCUGCAAAGACAAGCUUGAUAUAUCUUUGGGAGUGGCAAUAGGUUCAUCAACACAGAUUGCCAUGUUUGGGAUCCCAUUCUGUGUUGUAGUAGGAUGGAUAAUAGGCUCACCGAUGAAUUUGGACUUCCAAAUGUUUGAAACAGCUACACUGUUUAUGACUGUCCUUGUAGUAGCUUUCAUGCUGCAGGACGGGACGUCUAAUUACUUUAAAGGGCUGAUGCUCCUUUUCUGCUAUCUGAUAGUUGCAGCAAGCUUCUUUGUACAUAUAGAUCCGGAGUCUAUACAGGACAAGCCACAAAAACAUAUAGGAUAA